AGAAACCGAAAGAGAUAUGGCGAUUAACGAGAUUUGGGGCAGACAACUCUCAAAUCAUGCAGACUUGUUUGAGAAGAGUAUUGCAGACUGCAGUUUUCCAAAAUAGUAGAUACUGGGAAGGUUUUGCAUCGGUACGAUACAACUCUAAUAAAGCUGCAGUGUGUCGAGUGAAUCGAAUAACGUAUGUCAGAGUAUAUCCGACCACGGUAGUACUGCCCAAUGGGUCAACCAUCAGUGUACGGUACAGGGAACCAAGAAAAAUCAUCAAGCUUCCACUUGACUUGUCCACAUUGACAGCCGCUGAAAGAGAAGAUCGACUCAGAAAGCGUAAACCGAAAACAAAGAUCGUAAUAGAGGAGGACAUUGAAGAUGACUUUGAUGUUGACAGAUACAGUCAUCUCUGGAAGAAGAAAUAG